AUGUAUAUCUUCGAAGCUGAAGAGGGAAUCAGAUUGGAAAAGUGAGUCAGAUUCAGUCUGCAUUGGAAUUUGCGACGACAGCCAAGGCAGGAUGAGAGCCGGAAUGGAUUCGGUUGAAGCGGCGGCUAGUGUCCAGACUCGGCCGUGGACAGACGACUUGAAGGUUUGUCCCCACACGGGCGUUGGGGAAGCGACCAAUCAAGCGUACAGGAAUGAUGGAAGCCGAAUCGAGGAAUACAAAUCUCGAGACAAGAAGUGCCUUUGCAUGGUGGAAGAUACCCUCCUCUACGCGAUUUACUCCGGCCAUAAUGGGGUCCGCGUGGCAGACUUUGCCCUUCAAAAGAUGGCCGCGGACUUGCUUCUGGGACAGCUGAACGGGCGCUCUACGGAUGAAGCCGUUAUGGAUGUGAUUCGACAGGCGUUCCACGCCGUCGAGAAAGGCUACAUCGAUUCCAUCGACUUAGAGCUUGCAACGCGAACGGAUCUCCAGCUACAACUCACGGACAUUGACCUCCGCCAGUACCAGUACUCGCCGGAGGUCAACAACGUACUGCAAAAGCUGGACAAAAUCAAGAACGAGCUGGCGGUGGGUUGUAGCGCCGUAUUGGCAUUGAUCUAUCAAUCGAAGCUCUACAUAGGAAACAUCGGUAACUGCCGGGCAUUGCUGUGCAAAACGGACGAGUUCGAUACGCUCACCGUGACGCAACUUAGCGUCGAUCACAAUCUGUACAACGAGGAAGAAGUUCUUCGACUGUUCCGACUCGGUUUGGAAGCUCAGAACUUUGAAAAUCGGCCUCUGUACAGCACCCGAUGCAUCGGAAACUACCUCGGCAAAAAUGGCUACAAAGACUGCGAUUUUCUGUCCGACGCCUCCUCGGAACCGGUCAUAUUCCAACCUGAAAUAGUUGGUUCGGUUCCCAUUACUUCGGCCUGCAAGUUUCUCGUAUUGAUGUCCAGUGGCCUAUGUCGCGCCCUGCAUGACCUCUAUCCGGGCGAUACAAGCUACGGCAACCGAAAUCUGGUGCAGAUGAUCGCUGAAGAGUUUCAGGCGCAAUCCACCCUCGCAGGUGUGGCACAAUCAGUGGUACACAGAGUGGUUCAACUGCACCACGAUGCCUUCAUGCAGCAAGUAGACGAAGGCGGCGGCAAAGCUACGGCCUUUUCCAAUCGGGACGACAUAACUCUACUGAUUCGCAAUUUCGACUACCCCCUCCCGAAUGCGUUCAAUAAUCGGAAAAUAAGCAAUCAAUCGAACACGAGUACCAGCUUCACAUCUCCGUCAACGACCAUUACGAACGCCGCGCCCGCCAACCAAAGCCCUGGAAACGAAACAGAUUGCGCCGGCUUAGGAACGAUGGUCUCCGUCUGCAGUACCGAACAAACCGAAAACGACAACUUCAAAAAGCCGCUGGAGCCCGUCAAAUCCUACGUGGACUUUUCGGACUAUUAUCGCCGUGUAGCGGAGGCUCGGAAGCUCGGCAAACUGCCACCGAACAUAGACUUCGAUUAACACAGGAUUUGUCAUUUAUUGUUCUACGUAUCUAUAGUUUGUAAUAUAAUAGUAAAUAUAUCUAUAUAGCACUAGGA